UCAGCUAAUCUCGCCUCUUCUGCCACGACCUGGCCCUUGCUUAGUUUCCCGCCUGUGUAGACUUUCUCCCUGUCCCCCACUUCUCCCACAGUUUGUGUUAGGUUGAAGGAGGGUGGGGUGCUGGUUGCUAUUAGAGCCAUGAGUGUCUGUUGAUUUGGGUGGGGGGAGCUCUAAAGGUUGGGUGGGUUCUUCUAGGAUGUGCUUGGCUGGAGAGGGGGUGAGGAGAGUGGGACCUGACUCCUGAGUCAGCCUGAGGAGGAGCUUGUGGGAGGGGCAGGACUGGGAGGCCUAUGUCUGGCCCAGCCCCUCUGUUCCUUCCCAGCCUGGUAGGUCCACCAACUAGUCUGAGCUGCUGCUGAGGCUGGAGUUGCUGAAGUCUCCUUGGACUGAGGGGAAGCAAGGGUCUGCAAGAACCAUGGGGUCCAGGGCUGAGCUGUGUGCUUCUCUAAGCGGACUGUCACUCCUUCUGCUACUGACCUCAGGAGAGGGGGCCAAAGGUGGAUCCUUCAAAGAGAGUCAGGGGGUCUGCUCCAAGCAGACCCUGGUGGUCCCUCUCCGCUACAAUGAGUCCUACAGUCAACCCGUGUACAAGCCCUACCUGACCCUGUGCACUGGAAAGCGCAUCUGCAGCACCUACAGGACCACUUAUCGUGUGGCCUGGCGGGAGGUGAGGCGGGAGGUGCAGCAGACCCAUGCUGUGUGCUGCCAGGGCUGGAGGAAGCGACAUCCAGGGGCGCUCACCUGUGAAGCUAUCUGCUCCAAGCCUUGUCUUAACGGAGGUGCAUGUGCCGGUCCGGACCAGUGCGAGUGCGCCCCUGGCUGGGGGGGGAAGUACUGCCACCUGGACGUGGAUGAAUGCCGGGCCAGCCCGACCCUCUGCUCUCACAGUUGCGUCAACACCCGGGGCAGCUUCAGUUGCAGCUGUCCGCACCCCCUGCUGCUGGGUCCCGACGGCCGCGCCUGCGAGGAGGGGUCCCCGCCAACCCCGACCCGGGCGGGCGUUCUCAGCGUGGCGAGUGGUUCGGGAGGCGGAACCGGAGCAGCGGGUCCUGCGGCUGGAGGUGGCAGAGCUGCGUGGGCGCCUGGAGCGGCUGGAGCAGGCGAGCAGAUGUGCCCGGCUAAGCCCGGCUGGUCUCUUGGCUGUGCCGCCCGAGCCCGCGCGCGCGCCGCUCCUGGCCAGCAUCCUCACGCCUCGCUUUCCCUGCAGUGGGCCGCACAGGCCGGCGCCUGGGUUCGAGCCAUGCUGCCCAUGCCGCCGGAAGAGCUGCAGCCGGAACAGGUGGCUGAGCUGUGGGGCCGGGCUGACAGGAUCGAGUCCCUCAGUGACCAGGUGCUGCUGCUGGAGGAAAGGCUCGGCGCCUGUGCUUGUGAGGACAACAGCCUGGGCCAGGUUCUCCAUCGUUGAGAAGGAACCUCUGCAGCACGCUGCCCUUAAUUUAUGGAACUGAACCUAUUAAUCCUCCCGGAUCGGUAGAUCCAGCCACAGCCGCCAAGGAACAACCCCAGACACCCACUUCUCUCUUUCUCUUUAUUCUCAGUUGCUUGCUGUUAUCCAGAUUAACUAAUAAAAACCAACCACACAAAACUGGGUCCUACCCUUUCCUUCUGCUCCCAGCCCACCUCACGGGUCGUCGGAAUGGGUCUGGGGUGGGAGGCAGGGGGCAGACAAUGCCACUGGGAAGAAAUGAAAAUUGGCUCAGAGAGGGAGGUACCGCCAAAGAAGUGCCCUCCUCUCCCUCUAGCUGGAGUCGGGGCGCCUUUCCCCAAGGUCCACGGGAGCAGCAAGAGGAGCUCAUCUGGUCAGCUUCUCCCUGUUGCUUUGAUGGUCCAGGAGGGGUCAGGACCCUAAAGACCUGUACCCCCAGGAUAGGGGAAGCAGAAAUUGGCAUCUGGAGUGUGCUCAACCCUAGGCCCCUGAGCAAGACAGGGAUGAGACCUGUGAGUUACAAGAGUCUAGCCCUGCUGAGGUGGCCCUGGGGGACAGGUGAAGGUGCUGAGGAUCUCCUCAGGUGAGCCCAGGAGUUUUGAGUUCAGUUUCCAGCCACAGGGUGAGGAGUCCUCACCAACGGAUGUGCCCACUGUAUCAGUGGACUUGGGGUAGGGAAGUGGAUUGUUCCAUGGAACGGAUAAGUCCACUGUCCAGUGUGGGGUGGAGAGGGAGAGAAGA